AUGCAGGUAGUGUACAGUGGCGGCUCAACCCCAUCCCCUUCCCCACGAGUCCAAAGGAAACUUUACCACGGAUACGGACGUCCCAUAUUCAUUCCUGGCGGCAAGCAGAGCGGUCUUGUCUCGCAUUGUAGCAGCUCCAAUGACCGAAGGGACGCUCCGAUGGCGGAAUCCUCCCUGAGAGACUCGAUCCCUGCCAUGAAGAGGCCCUUGGCUAUCACGUGUCUUAUUAUGAACAUUCUACUUCCGGGGCUUGACAUGCAGGUUGUGUACAGCGGAGGGUCAACCCCAACACCGUCUCCAAGAGUAAAUAGGAAAAUACACCAGGGAUAUGGACACCCAGCGUUUGCACCCUGUCCUCCAGUGAGCAACCCGACCAGACACCAUAGUGCAUCAAAGGAGAAGACUGAAAGUCUCUUGGCGGACUCCUUUCUACGUGACUCGAUCCCAGCUAUGCCGAGAUGUUUGGCAAUCGCUUGUUUAAUUUUGAAUAUUCUCUUACCGGGACUAGGAACGUUUGUGGCGGGUCUAUCAACGCUCUGUGGAAGCACAAUCCGCUUCAAGACCAUGAGCACACAGAAGGUGAUCCUGUCCAACACUUCGGUGGCAUUUCUGCAGUUCCUGACAGCGUUCCUCUUCCUGCUCGGCUGGAUCUGGAGUAUCGUCUGGGGCGUCGCCUUUCUAACCAUCUCAGACGACUACUUUAAGAACUUCAAACGCCCGUCAAUUGCUUUGAAGCAACAUCCACUGCGGACAUCAUUGGACGUUGAACACGCCAACGGCUCAGGCUCGAGUAGCGUCAACCUUACCGAUUGCUCCACAAGGCUUGCAUUGCACUCCAGGCAUUUAAAUAAACCAAUCAUCGCUCGUUCUUCUUCUGCCGACCACCCAACGCAUCCGCUUAUCAUCCAAACACGUACGCCCUCCUCCAGUAGAUCAGAGACUUCAUUGCUUACCAAGGACACUCUUCCUGACUCAAAACCUAAACCUAAUAGGUAUCUCAAACCUCAAUAUUCAGAAGACGACAGUAAAACCUCGCAGCCAUUAAACAUGGAGCAAAUCAUGAUACACAGUCUCCCAAAGGCGCCUGUGAGACGGGGUAUCCUGCGCAGAGAAGACACCAUAACCAGCACAGCUAGCUCAACAUCGUGUCAUGACGAUCAGCAUGGGUAAAACAAUAAUAACCAUAUUUGUUGUUUAUACAAUUAACGUUGUGUUUCUCCAGGACUAAACUUUAUUUAAUGAAUAUGUAUAUAUAUAUAUAUAUAUAUAUAUAUAUAUAUAU